AUGUCCAAUGUGUAUACAUUAAACAAUAUAAAAGAUAGAGAAGAUCCUAAAAGGGUCGGGUAUCGGCUGAGUAGUAUCCGCGAAUUAGAACUUGAGAAUGCAUUGCAUAGUAGUAUCAAAUCUGCUUCUGAUCUUGCUAAUGAAUAUAAAGACCUGCAAGGUGUAUAUUUAAAGCAAGAAAAGGAACUUGAGCUAGCAUUUCAUACUGAAAUCCAAUCACUUAAAUCUGAGAUUAAAACACUAAAAAGAAAAGUGACCCUUGCCCAGAAAGCUUCGUCCCUUGACAAGAAUGAGAUUCUUUGUCUUAAAACUGAAAUAGAUAACCUGAAAGCCGAAGUAAAAGAAUUGGAAUCAGAGAUGAAAUUAGAAUGCACAUUUCAUGAUUCAGAUACCACUUCAUUUAGGGAUAAAAUAAGUGAAUUAAAUUCUCUUAAUCAUAUAUUGGAGCAGGAAAGGGAUGAUUUAAAUUUAAAGAAACAUGAAUUGGUAGCCAAGAUAGGGUGUAAGGAUUCUGAAAUCAUCUCUCUUGAAGCUAAAGUAGAUGAGCUAGAGAAAGAAAAAGAGUCCCUUUCUCAAGAAACUAAUAUUUAUUUAGCAGAGCAGAUUUCAGAAGCAUCCAGUGAGUUUAAUGAAAUGAUUGAAGGUGAUAGCAGACUAGAGAAAGUAAUAUAUAAUGGGGAAAGCAGUUAUCAAGAUGUCUUCAAGAUAGCUGAUCGAUAUACUGAUGAUGUAAAGGGUGCAUCUAUGGUUAUUGACAGCUACCUCCGCAAAGGUGAAUUUGUUGUAUUUGAUCUUAGCAGGUCAGAGGAUGAUCUGCUCGCAAUUCGACUAAGGUUUGAUACUUUAUUAAACCUGCAGAAAGAGAUAGAGGUGAGGCAGAAGCACAAGGAAAAAAGUGUCUUACCUAAUGAAUAG